CUUAAGACGCAGUUCGAUCUGUGGUCUGCCAUCUACAUAGACGCAUCAUCAUACAAGCCGAUAAGCAGCCCUUUAUCUGAAUAGUCUUUGCUUCCUCGCAAACGCGCACGCCUCGUAAUUUUUCGCCGACGUCGGGGUGCAGGGGUCGCAGCACAGCAUGGCCCCUGCCUGCACGUAGAAGUCGGAGUGCUGGUUUCGAUCCUUCCGCAAAGCUUUCAUCGUGUACCACCAAUCAUACAAGAGAUACUCCAAUCAAGAAGAUGACCAGCAAGCUCGUUCUAUUCGUCGCCGCUGCUGUUGGUAUGGUGUGCACCGCCACCGCUGUGCAGUUCGACAGCACCGGCAGGCUCGCUUGUACGCUUUCCUGGACACCUCCCGGUCAGACAUCGAGUGAGGGCUGGGCAUGGACAUGGGCAAACAAGGAUCUCAAUGUCAUGACCAACUUGCUGCCUGGUGGAGUAUACUUCUCUCCCGGCGCAAUAAGCCACCAUUCGGUCACUUGGACCUUCAAGGAUGCCUACCAAAAUCCAACGCAAGAAGUCGCUUUCAAGGUCCAUCAUGAUGCUACCGGCAUCACUGGCGUCAAGCUCGUCAAAGGUGUCAAACAUGGCGCCAGCCAGACCAACCUCUACGAUGUGUUCUGCAAUGGCGAGGCCGUGCCCAAGUUCUAGUCGACGUUGC